CCAUUCGUAAGCCGUCUUUCAUCUCUCUUUCUCGUUAUCCAUCUCUUCACAAACCCCUCCGUCGUCUCCUCUCUCCGGCCACCCUCCGCCGUCUUCCUCCUCCCACACCACCAUCACCGAAUCCCAUAACAAGAACCGCAACACCCACAUACAAAAGAACCAAUCUCAACACACAAAACAUCACAAGAUGCAACCAACAAACGGCAACAACAACGAGUUAACACCACAACAGCAACAACUUCAACAACAACAAUGGCUAGCGAUGCAGCAAUACCAACAACAACAAUGGCUAGCGAUGCAGCAGUAUCCUGCAAUGAUGUACCAACAACCACCGCCACACUACAUGCCGUAUUACCAGCAGCAGUAUCAACAACAAUUGCAACAUACGCAACAAAAAGGUGGUCAUCUUCAACCCACGAGUGAAGAUAAUAAGACGGUUUGGGUUGGUGAUCUGCAACACUGGAUGGAUGAGACUUAUUUGCAGUCGUGUUUUGCUCAAACUGGCGAGCAGGUGGCAUCUAUAAAGCUGAUACGGAACAAGCAAACGGGCCAAUCAGAGCGUUAUGGUUUCAUCGAGUUUCAUACACACGAAGCUGCUGAGAAAGUUCUUCAAACCUACAACGGGAGCAUGAUGCCAAACACAGAUCAAGUAUUUCGGUUGAACUGGGCAAGCUUUAGUUCGGGUGAAAAACGUGCAGACACUGGUUCAGAUUUAUCUAUAUUUAUAGGAGAUUUGGCGCCAGAUGUGACGGAUGCAAUGUUGUAUGAGACAUUUGCUGGUAGAUAUCCAUCUGUUAAAGGUGCGAAAGUUGUUUUUGAUUCGAAUACUGGGUGUUCAAAAGGUUAUGGGUUUGUUAGAUUUGGUGAUGAGAGUGAGAGAACACGGGCUAUGAGUGAGAUGAACGGACAAUAUUGUUCAAGCAGGCCCAUGCGUGUUGGCGUUGCAACACCCAAGAAGCCACCUAUGCAACAACAGUAUAGUCAGCAACAAUAUCCGUCUCAAGCUGUUCUAUUGACCCCCGGGGGACAUGAUUCAUUCGGUGCUGUUCAGUCUGAUGGCGAUUCUUCAAACACGACAAUUUUUGUGGGAGGACUCGACUCUGAAGUCACCGAUGACGACCUGAGGCAAACUUUUUCCCAAUGUGGUGAGAUUUUGUCUGUUAAAAUACCAGUUGGAAAAGGAUGUGGUUUCGUGCAAUUUGCGAGCAGAAGCAGCGCCGAGGAUGCAAUUCAGAACAUGCAUGGCACGGUGAUUGGGAAACAGACGGUUCGUAUAUCAUGGGGUAAAACUCCUGCUAACAGACAGAGGAUGGGCGGGAACGGAAACUACUAUGCGAAGCAAGGUUAUGGCAGCGGUUAUGGUGGUGGCGGUUAUGGCGGGGGUGGGCAACAGAACCAGGAUGGAGGUAUGUAUGGAGGUGCAGAUGGAUCAGCUUAUGGAUCAAAUGGGUAUGACAACCAUCAGCAGUCUGUUAGCUGAUCUUACUGCUGGUAUUUAAAUUGAAUCUGAACACCAUAUGCUGAGAUUUUAAAGACAUAUUAUGUUUCUUUAUGGGAUAUAAAUAUCUAUGAAUGCAACUGGAAUUUUGAUGGGUCCUUUCUCUA